GCUCAGGAGAAUCCAAAGAUGCACAACUCGGAGAUCAGUAAGCGCCUCGGAGCAGAGUGGAAAGUCAUGUCCGAGCCGGAAAAGCGACCCUUCAUUGACGAGGCGAAAAGACUGCGUGCCAUGCACAUGAAGGAGCAUCCGGAUUACAAGUACCGACCCCGGAGGAAGAACAAGACGCUGCUCAAGAAGGACAAGUACUCUUUGGCGGGUGGCCUGCUCGCUGGACCAGGUGGCGGAGGCAGCUUGGGGCUGGCAAUAGGUGCAGCGGGGGUCGGGCAGAGGUUAGACAGUCCGGUGGGUCACGGCGGCAACACCGCGGCGAGCUACGCGCACAUGAACGGCUGGACCAACGGGGCGUACUCGGGGCAGGUAGCGGCCGCCGCGGCUGCAGCCGCAAUGAUGCAGGAGGCGCAGCUCGCCUACAGCCAGCACCCGGGCAGCGGAGCGCAUCACCACCACGGACACCAUCACCAUCCGCAUAAUCCCCAGCCUAUGCACCGCUACGAAAUGACGGCUCUCCAGUACAGCCCCAUCUCAAACUCUCAGAGCUACAUGAGCGCCUCG